UGGCUGCUGAUUGGCUGAUAGCUGUCUCCUCGUGUCUCCGGUUUCCCGUCUGAAUGUGGCGGCUCCGAGGCCUCCUGUUUCCGCCGCUCUGCUGCUCGCUGACCCGGUCUGCUCAGGUCUCACGCCCGCUGCUCUCACUGACUAUGUCCCAGGCCGCCCCGCAGCCGCUUCCUCGCGCUAUGUCCCAGUCCGCCCGAAAAGCCAAACCCCCCAAAGACACGCUCCGGCACAUCAAGAACCGCGAGAAGAGGCGCGGUCACGAGCAGCACGGCGCGGCCACGGUGUAUGUGCAGGUGGUGGGUGCGGGUAGCAGGGGCAGCCCACGGGCACUUUACGUGUUCUCUGAGUAUAACAGGUACCUGAUAAAUUGUGGUGAAGGAACGCAGCGGCUAAUGCAAGAACACAAGCUGAAGAUCGCGCGGCUGGAUAACAUCUUUGUGACCCGGAUGAACUGGGCUAAUGUUGGCGGCUUAUCAGGUAUGCUGCUCACGCUAAGGGACACGGGGCUCCCAAAGUGUGUCCUGUCCGGCCCUCCGCAGCUGGAAAAAUACCUUGAAGCCAUCAAAGUGUUCUCUGGCCCUUUACAAGGAAUUGACCUUGCUGUGCGGCCAUACACGGACCCUGAAUACACCGAUGACACUAUGACCGUUUACCAGGUUCCCAUCUUCAGUCAUAAGCUAAAGGAAAACCUAUCUGGGUCCCAGAGUCCUCGCAACUCCCCUGGCAGUGAGCGUCCUACACAGAAGUUACCCGAAGCUGGUGAGCAAAGUGCCAAUCAAACAGACGGCAAAACGUCGCCUAGACCAGAGAGAAUCCCCACAAGAGACCCAGCGCUGGUGGUGUCAUUUAUAUGCAAGCUCCAUCCCAGGAAAGGAAAUUUUUUGGUAGUGAAAGGAAAAGAAUUCGGACUCCCAGUUGGAACUGCUGCCAUCGGCCCUAUUAUUGCACAGCUCAAGGCUGGGAAGAGCAUCAUUUUUGAAGGCAAAGAGAUUCGCCCUGAAGAUGUCUGCACACCCCCAGACCCUGGCCCGACAUUUAUUGUGGUGGAAUGUCCCAGCGAGGACUUUGUAAAUCCCGUCAUAGAGAAUGAAACCCUGAAACGGUACCAGGAGGAGACGUUGAACAGUCCUGUGGUUCUAGUGAUUCACAAGACACCCGAGUGUAUUAUACAGAGCAGCACUUACAAGCAGUGGAUGCAAAGGUUUGGUUCUAAGACUGAACAUUUGAUCCUGAAUGAGAAUACCAGUACGGUGCACAACCUGCGCAGUUACAAGACUCAGACACAGCUGAACCUCAUCCAUUCACAGAUCUUCCCCCCACUUGCUGACGUCUCGAGGAAGGAAGAGACUGAGUGCCUUGGUGUGCGGGGCGAAUGUCUCCUCAAAUACCAACUGAGACCUCAGCGCGAGUGGCAAAGAGAUGCUGUUGCAGAAUACAACUCUGGGGAAUUUGUGAGUGAAGCUAUGGAGAUGACCGGCUUCAAAGAGGCACUAAAGGAGUGCAAGCAAGUCUUGGCAUUGGACAAAGACAAGUUAGAGGAGAGUCAUUUGCAGUAUCCUGAAGUUGUGUUCUUAGGAACAGGAUCCGCUGUCCCCAUGAAAACUCGCAAUGUCAGCUCCACCCUGGUAAACGUCAGCUGCUCUCAGUCCUUACUUCUGGACUGUGGCGAGGGGACGUUUGGGCAGCUUUUUCGUCACUAUGGGGAAAAGGUGGAUGGCAUUCUCCUCCAGAUAUCAGCAGUGUUCAUCUCGCAUAUCCACGCUGAUCACCACACUGGCCUACUAGAUAUUCUGCUAGAACGGGAGAGAGCAUUUCUCUCGGCUGGGAAGCAGUUUACGCCCAUGUUGGUUGUAGGACCAACUAUACUGAUGACCUGGUUAAAUCAGUACCACGACCACUGCCAAGAGAUUCUCCAACACCUCAACCUGAUCCCUGCAAAACAUGUAAUGGAUGGGUCAGAGGUCCCAAGUCUCAAAACCCAAAGCUUCAUCACAUCCUUACUGCAAACCUACAACCUGCAGAAAUUCCAGACGUGUUUGGUUCGUCACUGCAGGAACGCAUUUGGUUGCGCCAUAGUUCAUCGGGACGGCUGGAAGCUGGUGUUCUCCGGGGACACGAUGCCCUGCGAAGCGCUUGUACGCAUAGGAAAAGAUGCAACUUUGCUUAUCCAUGAAGCAACUCUAGAGGACGGUUUAGAGGAAGAAGCUGUAGAAAAAACACACAGUACAACGUCACAGGCGAUUGGUGUGGGAAUGAAGAUGAAUGCUGAGUUUAUCCUGCUUAAUCAUUUCAGCCAGAGAUACGCCAAGCUGCCGUUAUUUAGCAGCGAUUUCAGCGACAAAGUUGGGAUAUCAUUUGACCAUAUGCAGGUGCGACAAAGUGAUUUGAAAGUUAUCCCAAAGCUGUUUGGCCCUCUGAAAGCCUUGUUUGCUGAAGAGCUGGAAGAAAUGGAGGAGCGGAGAGAGAAACGGGAACUGCGUCUGCUUAGGGAAGCAGAAGAGGACGCAAAUAGUCAGCCGGAUAACUUGAAAACGUCACUGAGCAAUAAGCGGGAAUUAGAAGAUGGCUCCCAGGCUUUGGGAACUAAACGGCUCAAGGCCAACUGAGUGUGGCACAGAAAAUAUGCCAAUAAGUUAACACUGUAAAGACCACCGACGUGCCUCACUUCCCAAACUGGGUAACCAGGGGCCUAAACACAAUCAGUCCAUUAUAUGGGUAAGCUCAGUUAGAGAGAGGUCUCAGAUCUGAUAGUGGAGCAGGACAGCCUCAAUUAAUAUCACCCAUGGAUGCCAAUGGAAGGCGAAUAAUAGACUUUGUUUUUUUUUGUUGUUUUUUUUACAAUAAAACCUAUGCUGUAAGAGAGCUUCCUAAACUAGUAUUAUAGCUCUGGCAGCCAACAGGUUAAUAAGAUAUUAACAUAUGCCAUUUGUCUCGGUAAUGUAUAUACAGCACAGUGUGCACUAAAACUUUAUUUUUACUGA